AUGUCGGGAGGUGAUUAUAAUAAUCAAAGAUCACCUGGACGUUCUCGUUCACGUUCAAGAAGUCCUAAUCGUCUUUCACCAUCACAUAAUAAUCAACAAUCAUCGCAAAGAAAUUACUAUCGAUCAUCAUCGAAAAAUAAUAGUUCAUUUAAUUUUCAUGAUAGAAGAAAUAAUCGAUACCCAUCAAAUCAUUCAAAUAAUAACAAUGGUAAUGAUCAUCGUAAUAAUAAUGGUGGUGACCGACUUAGUCAAGCAGUUAAUUUAUAUUCCGAUCGUGAGCUUGGAUUAAAAUAUCGAUGGGAAAAAACAGUUCAUGUAUCGAAUAUACCUUAUGAUAUGAGAUGGACAGCUUUAAAAGAUUUAUUUCGUACUGAAGUUGGUGAAGUCAUGUAUACAGAAGUAUUCGAACGAGAUGGAAAGUCACUCGGUUGUGGAUCGGUUGAAUUUCGAACUGUUGAAGAAGCAAAGCGUGCUGUGGAUAAAAUGCAUCAAUUUGAAUAUGGUGGUCGAAAAUUAGCAGUAAAAUUGGAUGAGGAAGGCUAUCGAACACGUCGAGCUAAAUAUCAGUCACUUGAAGGACGUCUAUCUCAAAAGGGUAAUAUGUUUCAACAUCAAAGUAAUUUAUCGAAUCAAUUUGGUAAUAAUAAUGGAGAUUCUGGUAAUCUAUCACGUUCAUCUCAAAUAGCUGGCCUCAAUAGUGUAGGUGUUUCACUUUCGGGUUAUUCUUCUGUUGCCGGCAUUCCACCGUAUAUGUUACAACGAUUAGGUAUUGAAGGACCUAUUACAAAUAAAGUCUUCGUUGCUAAUCUCGAUUUUAAGUGUGAUGAAAAAAAAGUUCGUGAAGUAUUUUCGUUGGCUGGUCGUGUUCGUGAUGUAACAUUGAAACGAACCAAAGAAGGACAAAGUCGUGGUAUGGCUAUUGUUGAAUAUGAAUAUCCACUAGAAGCUGUGCAAGCUGUAUCAAUGUAUAAUGAACAACAAUUAUAUGAUAGAAUAAUGGCUGUUAAAAUUGAUCUUAAAGAUGAAGGAAAAGAUGAUGGGAGACCAAUGAAAUUACCAAGUGGUCUAAAAUCAAUUGGUGUUGGUUUAGGCAUUGCUGGAAAUCCAUUACGAGCAUCUAAUGUAAAUCAACUUGAGCAACCCAUCUCACAAAUAAAUCCAAUAAAUUCAAAUCCAAUGCAGAACAUUACACCCAAUGUUUCAGACUAUAUGAAUCAUAGUGAUUUAACUGCUUUACAAGCACUAUCACAAUUAUCACCAAGUGCAAUUAGUGCUUUAACACAAUUAGCUGCGAGUGGCUUCACAGGACUUAAUUCGUUAACUGGACUUCAAUCAACAAAUUUGGGUUUAGGUUCAUCAUCAUUAGGUCUUGAUUUACAUUCAAAUUCUAAUUCACUAUAUUCAUCGCUGGCUGGUGGAUAUUCAAAUUAUCAGCAAUCAUCUGGUCUUAGUGGAGUUUCCCAAUUAUCAUCUCAAUUAUCAGGCUCAUUCUACAAAGAUGACGAUGCACGUUUGGGUCAAUCAGCACCGGUUGGUGUAUCAACCGUAUCAUCGGUUCGUACACAACCGACGUCAUCAUUUGCCGGUGGUCGAAGUGUGUUGGGCACCGGUGUUGGGGGUGUCAGUGGUCUUGGUUCAUCUUUGAGCGCAUAUCCGACAUCGAAUACUAAUACACAACGUUCAGUUGGAGGCGUACUUAGUACAGGUGGUGUAGCCGGUCAGAAUUCGGGCAUUUACGAUCGUUCACGAGGACGGUCUCCAUAUCGUUAA